CUGCAGUAACGACCACCAUAGGAAAAGGCCUCUGAUUGUGUUUGAUGGGAGUUCCUCUCACUCCGGCUCACUAAAAGUGAACAAACCAGAUGGAUCAACAGCGCCACCUGUGRCCGACAGGUUAAAACCUCCUCCAGCUGCAAACCUGUCCAACCCGAUCCGUAAGCUCAACUCAUCCUCUUCUUCCUCGUCUUCAAAUCGCAGCACAGACACGGCAAACCUCAAACGAGAAGCCAACAGUCCGAGUCCACUAAAAUCACCAGAAGUGAAGAAAAAGAUUCAGCAUGUUACAUGGCCCUGACCUCUGACCCCAAUGGCAGCUAAUCKUAUUGGUUUCCUCUUCCAUCUUGGAGCCCACCCACCCCUCACAAUCUUCCAACAAACGUAUUUUUAGAAAGCUUGUCAGAUGUGAGUAAAUGCCACGUUAUUGUUCUUGUUCAUUAUAGAGAGCUGACACUGCAGAGUGAUGCUCAGGAGAUCAACCAGCUUGUUGAAGUCACAACCUUUAUUAUUUCUUCCCAAAACCUCAAGUGCCCUUGCUGUUAUUAUGGUCAGCAUUUCCUCUUGAACAAAAUGUUGAAAAUUACUUUUUUCCAACCUGAAACCUGCAUUUGAUUACUGAAUUUACUGGGUGAUUUUGUGUUUUUUGGAAGGAAAGCUGAACAAAAGGUCACAUGAAAGCAUUAUGAGACCCACCUUGUUUUGAUCACAACAUGGUAAAAAAAUGUAUACAAAAACAUUUUAAACUGGUUAUUCAGUAACUGUUUUGUUUUUCCAUUCCACAAAAUAUCAACAUUUUAUCCAGUGCUUUUUUUACACAAUGUUUUAGUUUUUUCAUUCUUACUUUGAAGUGACGUUGUACAUGUUGUAAAUAACUUGAAGCUGAACACUCAGGUGGAUCAGAAUUCAUUAUUGGACAUAAAAAAAACUCACCUCAAAAGAUUUAAACAACAAGUUGUUAUGAAUAAAGCUAAGAAUUCACAAUUUUUAAAUAUUUACGGUAUUGUUUUGGAUAAAUUAAUUUAUCYGCUGAUAUUUUUGAUGUAGAUGGAGUUCAUCAAAGAACUCAGAGGAAUAAAUGUUUUGAACUAGAAAUAUGUUUGUUGUUWCCAGCAGUUUUAAAAUAAAUUUUCAAUCUAAUGAA